AUGGUCAUCAUCAUGAAGCUCUGGACACCUCAGCUCAUGACAUUCCUCUGUAUGGUGCUACCAUCUGUGCUGGGAGUGAUGAAGGGAAAACACAGCUGGGAUGAAAUGUUCCUUGAGGAAUGCUGGGGAGAGCCAAGCGUCACUGAAUGUACCAAGAAGUGUUCUAGAGCCCUUAAAUGUGUAAGCAAAAAUUAUACAUGCUGCUGGACCUAUUGUGGGAACAUCUGUUGGAAAAAUAAAGAAAUAUUUGCAUGA